ACCUCGGAUGGUACUAAACGAGGAAGAGAAAAAUUCAAAAUGACGGCAGAAUCGCUCCGAAAUGGUAUGAAACAUCAAACAUGGCGUUGCCAAACGUAAACAAGUGCCAUAAAUUGUUGAUGUAAAUGAAUUGUUAUUCCUCGGCUCGUGUUAGUUGUUAUCAGGAGAAGUAAACUAGACUGUUGUGUGCUCCUGUGAUCGAAAGAGGGCUUGUGAGGAAAUAAAAUCAUUCAGAGUGAUUGGCAUUGACGUUUGGGAGCAGAUCUAACCUAUAGAUAACCGUGAUGAGCUCCAAAAGAAUUAUGAAGGAUGAGGAGAAGCCUAAGGGGUUCAAGAAGGGCUUUCAACCGGAGAAAAUCAUUGGAGCUACUGACUCCAGUGGAGAACUCAUGUUUCUUAUGAAGUGGCAAGGGUCUGAGGAGACUGAUUUAGUAUCAGCUAAGGAAGCCAACGUGAUGUGUCCCCAAGUAGUCAUCAGAUACUAUGAGGAUCGAUUAACUUGGCACACGACAAAAGCCAAGCCUCAGUAAUAAAAACUAAUACCUAUUGGUAGCAAUUGUUCUAAGCGAAUUUCUAGACUCAUUCACCUUCGAAUUUGCUUUAUCAAUAUUACGUUCAUCAUUCACCAUCGUUUUCGUGACAGUUCGAAGCAUCAUACUAGUCACUUUCACCUCGAAUCUCAUGCGUUUGUGAAUAUUAAUGUGUAAUGUAGAUUUUAAGGAGAGCAAACGACUCAUCACAUUCGUUCGAGGAAAUUUAGAAGAGACAUUCAUUUAGAAAAAAAAUUAGAAUCGAUUUUUCUUAUUCAUAUCAAUGUUUCGCUGUAAAUUAAUUAAUAUUUUAAUUGCAUUCGAUUAUAAAAUCCAAUUUAUAUUUCCAUUUGAGUAAUUAAGGAUCCGAAUAACAACUAGAUUAAGUAUUUUACGUAAAGCAAGUGAAUGUAUUUGAUUUUUUUAACGCAUGAAUGAUUAUUUGAUCAAUUCCAUUCUACUAAAAUGACAAAAUAAUAAAUAAUUAAUUCCUCUUGAA